UAUGGAGCAGAAAAACGACACGGCGAGAAAAAUUAUUUCCCACUCCAGAAAUUAAUGAUCAUGAGCUCUUAUUUGAUGGACUCGAACUACAUCGACCCCAAGUUCCCCCCGUGCGAGGAGUACUCGCAGAGCAGCUACAUCCCCGAGCCCGGCGCGGAGUUCUACGCGCGGCGGGAGCCGGGCUGCGCGCAGCCCGCCCCGGCGUUCGGGGCCGCCUUCCCCGAGCGCCCCUUCGGCUGCGCGGGCGAGCGCCAGAUCAAGAUCUGGUUCCAGAACCGCCGCAUGAAGUGGAAGAAGGAUCACAAACUGCCCAACACCAAGAGCCGCGCGGCGCCCGCGCCCGCCGAGCCCGCCGAGCGCGCCGAGCACAUCACGCGCUUGUGACGGGAGCGCCGCGCGGCGCGGGUUCGAGCCCGGCUCGGGGAAAGUCGGGAUUUCUGCCGGGGUCCGAGCCCAGAUUGGGAAAAUUCGGGAUUUCUGCCGGGGUCCGAGCCCAGAUUGGGAAAAUUCGGGAUUUCUGCCGGGGUCGGAGCCCAGAUUGGGAAAAUUCGGGAUUUCUGCCGGGGUCGGAGCCCAGAUUGGGAAAAUUCGGGAUUUCUGCCAGGGUCGGAGCCCAGAUUGGGAAAAUUCGGGGUUUUCUGCCAGGGUCGGAGCCCAGAUUGGAAAAAUUCGGGGCUUUCUGCGAGGGUUGGAACGGAAAUUCCGAUUUUUCUGCCUUGGUUGUAGCAGAAAUUCGGAUUUUUCUGCAAGGGUUGGAGCCGAAAUUGGGAAAAUUCGGAUUUUUCUGCCCGGGUUGGAGCCGAAAUUCGAAAAAUUCGGGUUUUUCUGCAAGGGUUGGAGCGGAAAUGCGGAUUUUUCUGCCUUGGUUGCAGCAGAAAUUCCGAUUUUUCUGCCUUGGUUCGAGCGGAAAUUCGAAAAAUUCGGAUUUUUCU